UUAUCCAGAUUGCAGCAAUGAGGAGGAACGCAGAGCAAAUUUUAAUUUUGCUACUCUGCCUGAUGACAGUAGUAGGUCCUGGAAACGCAACGGACACCUGUCCAGAUGUGAGUAUCGUGGGCCUGAAUGGUAACGAGAAACUCGCCAUUCUCCGAGGAUGUCCAGGGGUUCCUGGUGCAACAGGGCCCAAAGGAGACCCAGGCGCUGAUGGAGCAAGAGGAGAAAAAGGCCUUCAGGGAAUCCCAGGAAAAAUUGGGCCAGCGGGGGUAAAAGGGGAUAAAGGAGAGCCAGGGACCCUUGCAACAUUAGGAGAGAAAGAGUUGAAUGACCUCCACUGUAAGCAGGGGGCAAAGAACUGUAAAGAGCUCUUGGCCAAGGGAGUGAUCCUGAGUGGCUGGUACACCAUUUACCCUCAGGACUGCGUGCCACUGGCCGUGCUGUGUGACAUGGACACCGAGGGAGGUGGCUGGAUUGUGUUCCAGAGGCGGGCUGAUGGCUCUGUAGAUUUUUACCGGGACUGGAACUCUUAUAAGAGAGGUUUUGGAAGCCAGCUCACUGAAUUCUGGCUGGGGAAUGACAACAUUCACCUCUUGACCUCACUAGGAGAAAAUGAGCUGCGCAUUGAUCUCACUGAUUUUGACAACACACACACUGUGGCCAAAUAUCAGUCCUUCAGCAUUUCCGGGGAGGCAGAUCAGUACAUGCUGGCCCUUGGAGCCUUCCUUGGGGGCACUGCAGGCGAUUCACUUACUUACCACAACAGCAUGCCUUUCUCCACCAAGGACAGACAGCAGGAUCCUGGCAACAAGAAUUGUGCUGUGGGUUACAAAGGAGCCUGGUGGUACAACAGCUGCCACUACAGCAACCUCAAUGGGAUGUACUGGCUUGGAGAUCACUCCUCUAAUGCUGAUGGUGUGAACUGGCAUUCUGGCAAAGGAUACAAAUAUUCCUACAAACGCUCAGAAAUGAAAUUCAGGCCACGGGUAUAGUCAAGAUUAGGAAGAGACAGCUUUGAAGGCUGGAAGAAGUGCGAAGAUCCUUGACUUUUUCUUCAAUUGCAUUUGGGAAGAUGCCAGUUCCCUUGGUUGGUUUCAGGAUUAGGGGAAUGUGAUUUUAAGCUUAAAGAGAAUAAAAGGUUUUUUAACAGAGAGGUAAUGGGGAAGGAAGAUAAAUAACUUGGAGAGAUGGAUUGGAGGAGGCAAAUAAGACAGGAGGAAAAAUAGAGCUUGACACAGAAAGUCAGUAUUUGGUUUUUCAAGUGCAGAUUUAAUAAGAUUGUUCAGUUUCAGUUCUCAGUUACAUUUCAGUUUAGAUGUUAUAUAAUCUUUUCUUAGAUGGUAGAGUUCCUGUUACUUAAGAUGCUCUAGCCAAUGGACUGUUCACACACAGAGGGCUAGGUGCAUAUACUCAGUGCCCUCACAGGUCGAAUCCCCACUACUGUCUUAGCCAGGUUUCAGAACACAAACUAACCAGGUUUGAGGGACGACCUCCCCAUUGCUU